CAAAACUUCCUCUACAAUAUUCCCACUCCCAACUGCCAGACUCUCUCUCUCAAAAGUCUAAACUCACACAGUGACAUUAUAAAUUGGGACUUCUUCACCUCCUUCCUCUUUUCCCCUUUAUUCUUCAAUCUUCUGUUGUUAUCUGUGGAUUCUCAUCUCUUUUACUGGUAACCAAACAGAGCUUGAUUCUCUCUCUCUAUCUGUGUAUUUGCAAGCAUGGGGUUUGAAGACUUGGAGCCCAUAUUCGGCGAGCCGAAGGUGGAAUGGGAACAGGGCCAAGACUCGGUUAAGCUGCGUCCAUUUUUGUUCCACGUUUCUGCUUCUGAUCCUUCACACCUCAGAAUCCAUGUCACUGAUUUCCACUCCAAUACGUGGGAGGCCGUUAAGUCGGUUCUGCAGCUUGAAGACAUGAGGGAUAACAUUGGAAUAGGGGGCUCUUGGUCUGAGUUUGUUGACUAUGUUAUAGCUUCCAUAAAAUCUGAAGAUUUAAAGCUUGUUAUGGAGGGACAUUCUAGCUCUGGUGGUGCUGUGUAUGCAAAAUUAGUUGGUCAGAAAUUGAAAGGAAUGCCACUAAUUUCCAUUCCUCUCACAAAACUUGUGGACGCUGCUGCUAGUGAGGCUAUGGCAAAUCUGUCUCUGGAGCUCUUCAAAGCUUUCAAAAACAUGCGGCAUUCAUUAGUAGAAGAGAAAGAGCGAACUUUUCAGUUGACAAAAGUGAUAUCGGCCGAGAAGGAAAGGAAUGAAACUAUACAGAGCCAACUGGAUUACUACUCAAAGAGGCAAAAGUUUCAAAAGAAGAAUGCCACAGACAAAGCAGAUGUUUCUGCUCCUCCUAUGAGUAAUGGUUUGCAAAAUUCUCCAGACAAGCUAAAAGCUCAAGAUGCAAACUCAACAAAAGUUGUCAACCGUGUUGUGCCAGCAUAUCGCAGGGCAAAAGUAAGAGGUGCUUUUCUGCAGGAUGCUGAAGAUGACAAAGAUAGCUAGAAACUAAAGAUUUUGGAAAAUUUUGUUCACUGUUCUGUAAAUAAAAGGUUUUGAGGUUUAGAACUCUAGUUCUGAUCAAUUACUACCAAGAAAAAGAAUUCAGUGGCAGAUAGGUCCCAACUAUCUAUUAGUAUCAUGAUUCGCUUUUCUUUAUGCAAAUGAAAAUUGGUUAAUUUUUCCUUCCACCUUUAUUAUUUAAAAAAAAAAAAAAUUCAAAUUUGCAUGUCUGUAUAUUGUAUUCAUUUGGAGCAUCUUAUCUGUUUUUAAAGUGAUUUUUUUGAAUCUUUUGACUUUUCUUAAAUACCCAAGAAAGGAAGCAUUUUGAUUGGAAGUAUUACACAAUACAACAAAAUCCUUGCCUAAAACAGAGGAUGUGAUAUGCACGUACAAUGAGUAAAGGUAUGGCUUGGAUGAGCUUGUUUUCAUCAGUCAUCUUGAAAAGGUGAUGCUUUGAAAAGCUGUAGAUUCUAUUUUAUUAUGAAAAUUAGUUGAACCAAACUAAUGGACAAAAAUCUUUUCAAAUAUUAAAAUACAAUAUGUUGCAUCUUUGGCCAAACUCAGGGUUCUGAGGUUUCUGUUGUUAGAAAAUUGGUAAGAAGCUCAUGUUGAUUAUGCUUCUGCUUUUAUUUCAUGAUCCACAUUCAAAAUCACCCAUCUAAGGCAUGCCUACUUUGCUGAUUUCUUCCAUGAAGAUGCAGUAUUGAAGGAUUUUACUACAAAAGCUUGAGUUGAUUAGCUGACUAUUUGGCUAUUGAAUAAUAGAAAGGUUCAUUUGGGAAUGAGGGCCUUGCUUUCUCCAGUAGGCAGGCUAUGCUCUCCUUGAAUGAUUAGUGAGGGUGCAUGAUGUAAAUUUUGGUUGAGGAUUCUACCUGUGGAUUAGGACUGCCAAAAGAUUGGGCUACUUACGCAUUCCAUUUCUGCAUCACCAUAUAGUGCAAGCUAUGCUAAAGCCUUGGAGCAACUACAACAGCGGUAUAAAAUGUCAUUUUCAAACUCAGAAAUUUCAUUAGCACAGCCUGCUUCUGGUCAUUUGUGCUUUAUCUACUGUCCCCCCAAAAUUUCCAGCAGCGAGAAGACUUGCAGAUU